GGGGAGGGGAAAUAGUUUGGCGGGAAUCAGGCACAAGCUCACUCAGUGAGUGUGUUUACAUCAAAAGCUUUCAUUGAGAUUGAAGGGAACGGCUGUUUAAAUUCUGCAAACUUCUGUCAUGACUGUUGAACUUCUGGAAACUUCUCUCACUCAUUCCACAACGCUUCAAAAAAAAGUCCUUCCAGUUUUCUGGAAACUACACAACUCAAAACUGAUGUCUUAGGAGUCAAAAUCUCUGUCACGACUUCUGUUCCACAUCUUAUCAAUCUGAGUUUUCUACUAACAAGAUGAUUUCUGGAUAUGGCCUGUCCAGCAUUGUUUUUUGUUUGUGCCCCCCCAAAAGCUAAUUAGUUAUCUACAAAAGAAAUUAUUCGCUAGUCAGUGUGAAAAUUGGGCGUUUGCGUUGUUACAGGCUACACUUCAUUCUCAUUAGAUUAAAUUAGCAAAGUGAGCUCAGUGUAUUAGCCACAUACACUCACCAGAGGUACCAGUGAUCUCUCCCUGCUACUUCCUUCCAAACUUUUUAUUUUUCUUGUUAACAUCUCUAGACACAUUUAAUGAGAGGUUUAAUAUGUCAGGAUAAGAUGAAACUAAGGUUCAACCAUUUUGGGGUGUUGGAAAGUUUUGACUUUUUUUUGCUUUAGUGUCAGAAGUUGCCACUUUGUGACUUGCUAGUGUGAACCUUUUUAAUAUGUUUCACAAUUCCGGUCAUACCUGUUAAAGCGUCUGUCAAGACUCUAGUUGUAAUUAUUGCAACAAAUUUCUCAACUCACCCAGUUUCUAUCACAGCUCCCUUUGUGAAGUCGUAUGUCCUUGGGCAUGUUUUACUGCUGUUGAUGUAUCUGUUGAGACUUGCAGGAACUUCUGUCAGUGUCUAGUCACAAACUCUGUCCCAACUGUUGCUUUUAACUAGAACAGCAACUCAGUCCUUUAGAACCCUUCAGUAACAAAGAUGGUCUCAGAUCAGCAUAUCCAUAUGGUCGCAUUGCAUGGUGACCUCUUCAUUUUUCAGUGCAAGCAUCCAAGUUCAAAAGGCUCUGAGAUCACGUUCUGGCGGAUGUCGUUUAACCGGGGCUCGGGCACCUUCUUAAACAAAGACGAUGAAAUAAUCCCCAUGUGUGAAAACACCUCCAGAGCAGUCAGCAUUGUUCAUUGCAGCACUGCUGUGAACGUGAAAACAAGACAGAGAGUCCUGUGCAUUUUGCUGAGGCUUCACCGGAAGGAAUCUCAAGGGUUUAAGUACAUGCUUUACUCUUUAUGCAAUAGAACCAGUACAAAGCUACAUGUGGAAUUUUCCUUACCUUAUGAAAUGGGCAACAAUGUCUUGAUUUUGCAUGGACCCACUUUGGUCUGGAGUUACGAGGACGUUAUCUUCUACACAUCUGCAGAAACUGGUAGCGUGAAGGAAGUCCCGAUACAUCUGAAGGUCAACUUUCUUGGCGAGUUGCCCCUUCCUCAAAGACCAUUAGCAAUUCUUGGUUCACAAAAGAUGACGCAAGAAGUGGAGUUGGGAAAUGAUGGGGAAGAUAAAGCUGUUCUUUACUUCAUAGAGGAUGGAAGAACUUUUAGUGCUGAUUAUCUCUUACCUAGUGCCUACAGUUUGGUUGUUGGAUGUAUGCUGGUGCUUUCAGCCAAGGAAGUAGAUGGAUCUCUGAGAUCUACUGUGGUGGCUGCCACUUGUCGGAAACAACUGGUGUGGUUUGAAAAUGGAUUUCCAGAAGAAGUGUGUGUUCUCCCAUAUGAAGAGCCCAGAAGCAUUCGAACGGUUCAUGCAGGAAGUGGCUGUCUCAUUGUUGUUGUUUUCAAGCAUGGAAAUGUUUGUGCUGUGUGGAAGGAUACCUUCAAGGUGGCUGCUUGUUGGACAGAUGUGCACCUUUUGCUUGUGGAUGAUUUUGUUGGUGCAGGGUUUGAGCAGAUGCUGCUGCUUUUUGAGGAAGUCAACUCUGCAGAAGAAAUCCUGGGAAAAUUCCUGCUCACGGACCUCUGUGGUGUUUGUUAUUCUCAUGGAAGAGCGGAGAGUGAAGAUGUAAAUUUCUGUGAGACAGCAGAAGAAAACAUCACUUUGACAAUUCAAGCUCUUGAAGCCAGACUGGAGAGUGGUUUGGCUUUCCUCCAGGACCUCCGGAGCGACCAGUGUGUUAAAGAUCACGUCAUCCGGCAGUGUGUAUCAGCUCUUCAUGACCUUUUAUCAGACAGGAAGCACAUCGCGACUCCUGUGUGGCAGGAGGGACUGGUGUGUCUCUUGGAUGAAAAGGGCGAGGAGGAUGAGUGCAUUCCACGUGUAAGGAAGGAAAUUAAUUCAGAAGAGAAUCCUCUGAAAGUGGAGAGAGUCUGGCACAGAGUCAUCGGUCAAAGGCUUGUGUUUGGUGCACUUUUAGUACCAACCAAUCAGAUGAUGGAAUCUGAACACAUGAUUGCGGCUGUCAUAGCCACGCCUCCUGUGGUUCAAAGUGUGAAUAAAGUCAUUUACUACCCUGAACCCCUGCUUUCUGUGCCACCUGGGCCUCCAAAUGCUAAAAGAAGCAAAUUUCCUAGUGGUCCAGUCAUAGUUAUGGUUACUGAUCUUGCACCGUUAAUGACCUUCAACCCCAUUAAAUGUUCGGUUUUGCUAUGUUUUUCGACCAAAGAAGCAGGAAGUGCAUCUCAGCAUUGUGCAUUGGUAAACUUAGAAUUAAAGGGUGCACUUGAAGGCAAAUUUCAGCCACAUCUCUUUGAGGACUGCAGCAUUGACUCAGAUGAAUCCAGAGAGGAUCUGCUGAGUCUGAUGGGAGCAUUUGAGUCUUGGAGUUUUUGCAUUAUAAGUACUGAUUGCACCAUGGUGGACAUAUCAAGGUUUUUGGAGGAGAAAUUCAAAGCUAAACGAAUAAAAAUCAAUCCUCAAUAUUUAUUGAGUUGUUCCACACAACCAUCUGGUGCCAUGCUUUUCCACUGGAAACCUUGUAGCUCCUUCAACAGCAAGCUGCAUGUCUAUUGCAGUGAUCGUCUCAGCUUGCUCCAUUUCCUGGACUGUUUGUGCAACUUUGUUCCUGCUUCUCAUUGUAUUAAACUUAUCAAAACUGGGCAGGGCAGAAACAGAAGCCCUACCUUCUUUAUGGAGCAUGAGAGUCGCAUAAUAAAAGAGGGCAUGGCCGAUCUGAUUCAUGGUAGAGUGAAAGAACCAAGUCACAAUUUCAUCAUUCAUGUCAGUCGUGAGCAGUGGCUAAAAGAAAGGUGUGACAAGCUCCACCCACUUGUGGAGGUAAAACAUUAUCACCAAUUGAUGGAAAAAGGGAUAAACCUUAAGAUGGCAAGUGACAUUUCCAUGCUCAUAGAAGCAGAGCUUAAUGAGUAUUAAUCAAGUUUGAUAAGAUAAAGAAAGACCGACAGCUGAAAUGUGUGUAGUGCAGCAGGUGGUGGGAGUUGGAUUGAAUAAUUCGUGCUCCAGUUACUGCAUUGAUGUGCAUCACAUAUAAUCUCAUGACAUUUGAAUAUUAAUAACACUUUUGUUUUGUGAAGGUUCUUAAGGAGCAGGUUUUUCCGCCAGGCAACUACGGAAAAAAAAAUAGCCUAGGACAUGAAAUCUGAUUUGUCAUUAUUAUUAUUAUUAUUAUUAAUGCUGCACUUUUAUGUAUUAUGUUAGUGAGAUAACAAUUUAUAUUUCUUGGCUAUUUGUGAAAUGAUGUGCAUUUACUGUACUGUUUUAAUAAGUAAAAAGAGAACUGUGGUAUUAUGUUUGUGAUCUUGUGAUUUUUGCACUACUAGAUAUGAUUGGAGAAAUGUGUUGUACUCUUCUAGUAUUGUGUGAGUUAGUUGUAUUUUGUAACAAGGUUAUGGAAUUCUGUUGAAUUUAAAAAUGAUGGCAAAACACUUUGUGCUGACUGUUGAAUUGCACAAAAAUAAA